AGGUCCUGAGUUUGAUUCCCGGUACCAAAAAAAAGAAAACAGUAAGAACUAGAGAUAUAGAUGUGUGAGACACUGGGGUAGAGGUGGUGGUAAAGGCAAGGGAAUGGAUGAAGAUGGUUUCGGGUAGAUACGGAGAUUAUGAAAUGAAGAAUCUGGGAUGGUGGCACAUACCUGUAAUCUGAGCAGCUUGGGAGGCUGAGGCAGGAGGACUGCAAGUUUAAAUUGCCCAACCUGGGCGAAUUAGGGGCAUAAAAAGUUAAAAAACGCAAGGAGUGUAACUUAGUGUGAAGGUCCUGUGUUCAAUCCCCUAAAAGAAUAAAGGGGGCCUACAAAAAAAAACAGGAUCUAGGGGCCAGUAAACUGCUCAGGGAGGAGGAAGAGAAAUUCACAAAGGAAAUCAAGAAGGACCAACCAGACAGGUAAGAGGCAAAUCAAGAAAAGAAGUGUCUCUAGUCAUGAAGGCCAAAGAGUCCCAAGGAGGGAGUGUUCCAAAAGAGGGCGUCCUGGGCUGCAAAACUCAAGUAAUAUUAUACUGCGGAAGUGUCCACUGGAUGCAGAGGAUGGGGGGCACGAGCAACCUUUGCAAAACUCAAGAUAAUAAAGCAGUGGGGGUGGGAAUCAGCCCAUGGUGGGGAGAGAGGGCAGGAGGAGGUGAGAAAGGAGAGAAUUAAAAGCAGGCAUCUCAAAGCAUGUAGCUGUGAAGGGGCGGGGUGGCAUCGGCAUAGGUUUUUAAAAGCUGGACAAGAGUGGUGGCUACAGUCCCCCGCCCCAUCCUCCCAGUGUGGAAGGAAAGAGGGAGAAAAUAGAGUAGAGUGAGGGCAAGUUGUGGAGGCAGGUGAUAAGGGCUUACAUCUGGGAGGGAGCCAAUUCCCUUGGUCACAGGAAUCCCUAUCAGGCUGGCAUUUCCUCCCCAUUCCCACCCGCUUCCGUCACUGGCCUGACCCUCUCUGGAGCUAGAACAGGGAAGGACCAAGUCACACCCUGGAAGAAGGUCUGUGCCCUCGGAGGUCCUUCUGCCUGCCCGUCCUCAUGCCUCUCCUCCUCUUGCUGUUUAUGCUGCCAAGCCCCUUGUGUCCGCACCCCGUCUGUGAGGUUGAGAUUGAGGUCUCCAAUGUGGGCAGUCGGGUGAUUGCGAACUGUGAAAACAUGAACCUGAAAGGGCUGCCUGCGGACUUGCGGGCAGACACAGCCGUCCUCCACCUGGGGAAGAACCUCCUGGUCACCUUCUCCCUGGCCCCCCUGGUGCCUUUCACUCGUCUUACUGAGCUGUACCUGGAUCAUACCGAGCUGGCCUCCCUGCAGACGGAAGAUGCGGUUUUGCCAUCUUUGAAGACGCUGGAUCUAUCCCACAAUAAGCUGGAAACACUGCCCUUUCUAGGGAAGGCACUGCCUGCGCUCAACACUCUGGACAUCUCAUCCAACCAGCUGGCUUCAUUGUCUCCUCGUGCCUUUCAUGGCCUGAGCAAGCUCCAUGAGCUCUACCUACAGGACAACAAGCUGAAGACCCUGCCCCCUGGGCUCCUGGCACCCACAUCCGGUCUGAAGAAGCUCAAUUUAGCCAACAACGGGCUGGCUGAGGUUUCCCCUGGGCUCCUGAAUGAGUUGGAGGAGCUUGACACCCUCUUCCUCCAAAAUAACUCGUUACGGACCAUACCGAAGGGUUUCUUUGGGAACCUCUUCCUGCCUUUUGCUUUCCUUCAUAGCAACCUCUGGCACUGUGACUGUGAGAUCCUCUAUUUCCGUCGCUGGCUGCAAGAAAAUCCCAACAACGUCUACUUGUGGAAGGAGGGUGCAGACGACAAGGGUAUGACCCCCAAUGUAUCCAGUGUGCAGUGUGCCAAUUUGGACAACAUGCCCAUCUACGCAUACCCAGGCAAAGAGUGCCUCACCCUUGGUGAUAGCGAUGACAUAUAUUAUGAUGAGUAUGACAUAGCUGAGAAUGAUGUGCCUUCCAGAAAGACUGUGGUCAACUUUGCCAAAGCCCAUACGACUUACUGGGGCCUGCUCCACUCAGAAGCUAUUUCUCCUCUAGACACACAAACGCCACAAGAAUUCACUGAGAAACAGACCGCAUUCCCACCCACAUGGAUCUCAGAUUCCUCCACAUUCCUGAUGCCCAUAGAAUCUGCCACAUCCUCCAAAACCCCAAAACUCACUACUCAACCCACCACCACCCAUACCACUCCAGAACCCACCACAACCCAGACCACUCCAGAACCUACCACCACAAAACACCUCAGAACCCACACCUCAGAACCCACAACCUCAACUGCUCCAGAACUUACAACCUUAGCUACCCUAGAGUCCACCUCAACCUCAGCUACCCCACAAUCUACUACUCCAGAACUUAUAACCUUAAAUUUCCCAGAUCCCACCACAACUUGGACCAGCCCAGAGCUCAUUCCAGAACUAACGUUUAACACAGAAACUAUCCUACUCCCUAGUUUCUCAGAAUCUAUCACAACAGUCACCCCAGAAUUGGUCAACUCCUUAAAGGUGCCAGAGGUAGCUCAAGGGAAUUUUGAUAGCUCCAGAAAUGACCCCUUUCUCAACCCUGACCUUUGCUGUCUACUCCCCCUUGGCUUCUACAUCCUGGGUCUCCUCUGGCUCCUGUUUGCUUCUGUGAUCCUCAUCCUGCUGCUAACCUGGGUUUGGCGGGUGAAACCGCAGCCCGUUUCCUGGACCACAGCCAUGCACACCACAAGCCUGGAGGUACAGAGAGGAAGGGAAAUAACCAUGCCUCGGGCCAGGCUGCUCUUCCUUCAAGGAUCACUCCCCACUUUCCGUUCUAGCCUCUUCCUGUGGAUAAGGCCUAGUGGCCAAGUAGGGCCUCUGGUGGCAGGACGGCGGCCUUCAGCCCUGAGUCAGGGUCGUGGGCAGGAUCUGCUGGGCACAGUGAGUAUUAGGUACGCUGGCCACAGCCUCUGAAGGCAAGAGGCCUGGGGGACCCUUGAGAGAGGCUCAUGUCGAGUGUCCUAUAGGAUCUAACUUGAGUGAUGGUGUAAGACACAGAAUCACAAGAUAACUUUUCCUUUACCCGAAUCCUUCCUGUCACAUUCAGUGACACAGUCCCAGCCCCUACAAGUCAGGAACAGCAGUUAAGAGGACGGAGUUGGGAAGGUCAUACAGCCAGGCUCCCUGUGCUGCUCGGGAGUUGCCAGGCCACAGUUACUGCCAUUACAUUUGGGAAGUUUUUCUUUUUUCAGGUCUUCAUUCAAAAAUGGGGCAGGGGGUGGUUAAAGCAAACAGACUAGUACAUGGCUCGAACUUACAUCUGUACAUACAAGAAAAUUUGGAAACUGAUUUUUUCAGAAUGCGAGUAUUGAUUCUCUUUGGAUGUCAUUUGAAUUACCCCCCCUCCACUUAGCACUUCCUAGCAUUCCAUCGUAACUGUGUCAUAUUUGUACAAUAAAAAACAUAAAAAAAA